AUGGGCGGGGAGUUCUCGGUGCGCUUCGAUGCCGAGCUCUUGGACCUCGUGGCGCCAGUGCCGAAGGACCAGUCGGAGUCGGCUACGGAGUUCGAGCUGCCGCUGCUCUUGGCGCAGAGGCCUCAUGAGGAUCCAGCGGUGGAGGCCUGGCUGUGCAGGUGCCUGGACACCGGAGCGGCGUUGACGCUGGAGGCGCGGUGCCUGGUGAAGCUGCAGAAGGCGGUCGAGGAGCAACCGGAGGUGUGCCCGGUCUUCCGGAAUCUCUUGUCCCGCUUCGAGACGGCCCUUGCGGGCUGGCUGGAGCAGUGGCCGGAAAAGGAGCCGAUGCGAGAGGGCCUCUGUGCCCCGUGGCUCUGCUCCAAGCAAAGCGCCGAAGAGCUGGAGCUGGAGCUGCACAGCGUGCUGGCGCUGGUGGGCGGUUUGAGAGGUCAGCGUGGUCCUCCGCUACUGCCCGACUACAAGGACUACUUGCCAGGUGGCCAGCGGGUGGAUCUUCAAGCUGGACUCGCUCUAUGGCUUGGAGAUCCUCAACCAGCAUGA